GGGUUGCCGGCUAACUUGCAUUCUUCUUCGCCGUGUGUUAUUUGUCUGUUGCUGAAGUGGUUGCUCCUCGCAAUGGCUCGUACCAAGCAGACCGCCCGUAAAUCCACCGGAGGGAAGGCUCCCCGCAAGCAGCUGGCCACCAAGGCAGCCAGGAAGAGCGCUCCGGCCACAGGCGGAGUCAAGAAACCUCACCGUUACCGGCCCGGCACAGUCGCUCUCCGCGAGAUCCGCCGCUACCAGAAAUCCACCGAGCUGCUCAUCCGCAAACUGCCUUUCCAGCGCCUGGUCCGGGAGAUCGCUCAGGACUUCAAGACCGACCUGCGCUUCCAGAGCUCGGCCGUCAUGGCUCUGCAGGAGGCCAGCGAGGCUUAUCUGGUCGGUUUGUUUGAGGACACCAACCUGUGCGCCAUCCACGCCAAGAGGGUCACCAUCAUGCCCAAGGACAUCCAGCUGGCCCGCAGGAUCCGGGGCGAGAGGGCUUAGUCCCAGCAGCACAACACAAAGGCUCUUUUCAGAGCCAC